CGGGCGCCUCCUCCUGCGAAGCAGCCGUCCCGUGCCCUGCCUUCCCUGCUCCGGCGGAGCGGCGAACCGAGCUCGUCCGGGCUUUGAGGGUCCCCUGACCCGCGCCCAGCGAGGAGGGGCGCCCGAGGUCCGUGGCCGCAGCCCGCCCAGCGCGCAAGCGGCCCUCGGCUUCUCCGCGUCCCUGGCAACUGCGACGGGGCGAAGGAGGGAGGGCCCGCUAGACCGAUCCUCCGCCCGCCCCUAGCUGGCUCCCCUCCCCCUCCUGACGCGGCGGCGGCAGCGCCUCCCCCCCAUUUAAACCGGGCGGCCUCUUGCCCGAGCGACGCCUCCGCUCGGUUCUUUGCUCAGCCGCUGCCCACCUCGGAGGAGCCGCGCGAUCGUGGGAGGGGGAGGCGCCGCCGGGAGGGCCCCCUCCCUGCAAACCCAGACCCCGAUCCCUGUCCGGGUUCGCCCGCCGCCACCUGGCACGGCUCCGAGGGAGGGAGCUGUCCGCCCGCCUGGCAAGGCUGACUUUUGCUACAGGAAGUGACCAUGGCCGGUCUGCAUGAGCAGCGAUUUACUGAAGAGAAGCCGCUACUUCGGGGGCAGGACACUGAAAUGGAGAACUCAGAUACUUUCCUCUCUGCAGUGGACACUGACUGGAAGGAGCAUGAUAUUGAGACGCCGUAUGGGCUGCUGCAUGUGGUCAUUCGGGGGUCCCCAAAAGGAAAUCGCCCAGCUCUCCUGACGUACCAUGAUGUGGGACUCAAUCACAAGCUUUGCUUCAACACUUUCUUCAACUUUGAGGAUAUGCAAGAGAUCACCAAGCACUUUGUGGUGUGCCAUGUCGAUGCUCCUGGGCAGCAGGCUGGGGCCUCACAGUUUCCUCAGGGGUACCAGUAUCCUUCCAUGGACCAGUUAGCUGCCAUGCUGCCCAGUGUCGUCCAGCACUUUGGGUUCAAGUACGUGAUUGGAAUUGGCGUGGGAGCAGGCGCCUAUGUCCUUGCCAAGUUUGCUCUGAUCUUCCCGGAUCUGGUUGAAGGCCUUGUCCUGAUCAAUGUUGACCCCAAUGGCAAAGGCUGGAUUGACUGGGCAGCCACCAAGCUCUCUGGCCUGACCAGCACAUUACCUGACAUGGUUCUGGCUCACUUGUUCAGCCAGGAGGAGCUGGUGGGCAACACAGAGCUGGUGCAGAGCUAUCGGCAGCAGAUUGGGAGUAUGGUGAACCAGUACAACCUCCAGCUCUUCUGGAACAUGUACAACAGUCGCAGAGAUCUGGACAUUAACCGGCCUGGGAGUAUUCCGAACGCCAAAACACUCCGCUGCCCAGUGAUGCUGGUGGUGGGCGAUAAUGCACCUGCUGAAGAUGGCGUGGUUGAAUGUAACUCCAAGCUGGAUCCAACCAGCACCACUUUUCUGAAGAUGGCUGAUUCUGGCGGGCUCCCCCAAGUCACACAGCCUGGAAAACUGACAGAAGCUUUCAAGUACUUCCUUCAAGGGAUGGGCUACAUGCCCUCCGCCAGCAUGACGCGCUUGGCCCGCUCCCGCACGGCCUCCCUCACCAGUGCCGGCUCAGUGGACGGCAGCCGCCCCAGAGCCUGCACCCACUCGGAAAGCAGCGAGGCCAUGGGGCAGAUCAACCACACCAUGGAGGUGUCCUGCUGAGUGCCUCCACCGUCUUCUUCCUCUUCCUCCUCCUCCUCCUCUCCAUCUUCUGCACAGGUGAUCUUGAGGCUCCGCCCAUCCAGUCACUGUCCAGCUGGCUCCAUUCUCUGCAGCUUCCUGUGGCUUUCCUUUGUUUUGCCGUGUCUUUAUCUUUCACGUUUUGGAAUACGCAGGUAGGGAUGGGGGACAGUGGGAAGCAGAAGCUUGAUGCCCUCGGGGGGGGGCAUAGGUGCCCUUUUGAACUAGUGAGGUUCCCUCGGGCUGGUUUCUUGUAGCAGCACGGCUGGCUUGAAAGAGACAGGCAUUUCCCUCUGCACACCUUGAGGCAAGGCAAGCAGUUUACACCUGGCUAGCCAGGGGCCACUUCCUACAGAAAGACUACUUGCCCUGAAACAGCUUGUAGCAGAAGGGGGCUUGGUGUACCCCUCUGGUGGUUUGGGAAGGAGGGAUAUGGCAACCUUCAAGGCAGAUGCCCACCCCACCCCCAGCUUUCUACCUGGACGUUAACCUCCCCACCUCUUUCCCCUGGAGCACAAACUUUAAGUCAACAUCUUUGGAAAGCCUUUUUGGUGGUUUAAGGGAAGCUGCACUUGACUCUAUGCCUAUAGGAUUUGCCAUGAAGGCAAUGGAAAUGAGGGCUUUGCUGGGGAGGAGCCCCAGCACAGUCAAACAUUCUUCAGCUGCCUUAGAAAGUUAUGCAAGGGGAGCUCCCUGCACCAUUUACUGACACCUUCUUGCCCUGAAUUUACAUGUAAAUUCAGUCAGAAACAGGACAUGUGACACCUUGAAGUUGCAGCCUUGUGGCCCCCCAUGUGCUAGGAAUGCACAGCAGGAUUCUCCCCCCACAAGGGAAGGUCAGGAUCUGUUUCAGGGCUUGUUUAGAAUUCUGUAAAGCCCUGUCACCCUAGUCAAGAGCUAGUGCUAUAAAUGGUCUCUGGGUAAGACAAGGUGUAAUAUAAGCUGCCACCAACCACCCUUCUUUUUUAUUUAUUAAAAAGGACAGUAAGUGACAGAAAUUAAACAAAAAUAUAGACUGUGCUAACUUUCUGUUCCCAUUGAAAACAAUGCAGAGUUAUGCAUUGCCUUUCGGCUCAGCAGGAAUAACUGUCUUCUUUUGAGAAGGAGCUUGCUCAGCGUCAGGGAGGAAGAGCUGAGGUCCAGAAGCACAAGGGCAUGUAUUUAUUUAUUUAAAUAUUUGUUGCCCAUUCUUCAUUAUAUCAACAGUCCCAGCUCAGGGUACAUUAACAACUUUAAAAUACAAUACAUAAAAUUAAAAAACUACUUUUCCCAAGCUCAACAGCCAGCAAGGCAUUAAUUAAUAACAGGCUCCAGCAUUAAUGUCCAGAAAAUAGCUCAGCAAACUGAUCCAAUGUUGGCGCCAGCCAUGCCGUAGAAGGGAGACUUCCAUAACUGGGAUGCCACCACCAAGAAGGCCCUCCCUUGGGAGGCCACAUAACAUGCUUCAGAUAGCUGUGGCGUCACUGGGAGGACAUUGCUCAUAGAUCUUAACGCACAGGCAGGUCUGAAUGGGAGAAGCUGUUCCUUUAGCUGUCCAGGUCCCAAACUAUAUAGGGGCUUAUAAGUCAGCACAAGCCUUUUUGAAUACUAGCAGGGUUCUAUUUACCAUUUAGACGAGAGUGUCUUUAAUUUGCAAAGUCAUCACAACCAUCCUAUGAGGUAGGUUGCUGCUGCCUUUUUUUCUUCACAUAUUUGGAAUGGGGCUGGGAGAGUGAAGUCACCCAGCAAGAUCGUGCAUGGCAAAGGUGACACUUGAGUCCCACAAACAGGCACAGUUGUCUGCCCACACAAUCAAGUAACUUAGGAUGUCACAUUGCAAUUCCUGCUAUACAGGUUCAGCUCCGGAGCAGCACCUCGUUGAAUUUGCCUGUUUUGAGGGGAAACACUUGCAUUGAUAGGAAAAAGCAGCUCUCUCCCCUAAAACAGCCUCAGAGGUGUUCGGUGGUGUCUCCUUCGUGGCACCAUAGGGGUAAAAAACAAGCAGCCGAAUGAGAGGUCCUGAUCCCAACAUUUUGUAUGUAACAUAUUCUGCUCCUCAGAGAUGUGAUGGCUCAUGUGAAGAUGCUGGACCAUUUACCCAUGGACCAUGCCUGUCCUUACACUGUUCCUAUUGACCCACAUGGACAUCCUAUGCUUAAGACCUUCACCCUGGCAUUGUAAGGGCGGGCAGGACCAGGCAGUGUGAGAAAUUACCAGGGGGGAGUCCCACUGCAGUCAUUUUUGCUAAAAGAACUGUGCAGCCUCUUAGCCUUGCUUGCAAGGACCAGACACUCAAGUAAGCUGCUACUUUUUGGCUUAGGGGAGCUGUGCAAUUGCUGGGCUUAACUAAAAGGCAAGCUGGGGAAAAUGAGAGAAUGUGACUAGCGUUCCUUCAAAUUGUCUUGUAUUCGUUCUUUCUAAAACUAGCCAAACAUAGGCUCUCAGGAUAGCAAAGUGUGCGAUGAUAUGUGUAGGGUAUAUGAAAAACAAAUUACUCAGAAUGCCCUUAGUCCACCCCCUCAUUCCCGGGAAGAGAACAGUUAGCAAGAAUUUGCCUCAGCGUUUCUUCUGGAGUUGCACCAAUUAAUGUUUCUGAAGAGGCAAUUCUCCCCAUCGACUGGAUUGUCGUAAGACUGCUGUUACAUGAAGCAAGAAAGUCUUGUCUGUGCCACUAAAAGUUCCAAAUGAGCCACUAGGCCCUUAACCUUCUUUUCCCCAAACUGCUGAUCCAGCCAGCCAAUCAUUCUUGCUGAAUCCAAAUACAUUCCUACCUUUUCAUCAUCCCAUCUCAGACACUCCGUUCUUUUUGUUGAAGAAACAGCCCCUGCGACAGGGCUUCCCACAUAAGCAAAGAGCUCGAGGGGGGAAGAGCUCAAAGAGCAACAAGCCGGUCAUGGUGGUGGUUUGUUUCAUCUAUCUGCUACUCAGAAGGCUUGCACCUGUCUUUCUAGCUCCCGACAGCACACACACAAGGCAUUUUGCAUUUAAAUGGUUUGAUGUUGCCAUAGCUAGUCCAGACACUCUCUGUUUGCUGUAUCUUCUAAUCUCAGACUCUUAUCUUGUGUGCUUCCUUCUGAACUUUAAAUAUGAAUGUUUGAAAGCUGUUAGGGCCCCCUUUUAUUAUAGAUCAGCUUCCACCUAUCUCUGCUCCCUCCAGACAUUGUUGGAUUACAGCUCCCGUCAGGCCCAGCACUGUAUGGCUGCCGUGCUGGCUGGAUCUGGCCAGAUCUGUAGCCCAGGGUGCCUGCAAGAUAGCAAGCUGGUGAAGGCUACUGUAGAUACUGCUGCCUUUUUUUCUUGGUGUGUUUUUUCAGAUGAGAUAGAUCUAUAAAUAUCUAUAUAUAAAAUGUAUCCUAGAUUCCCCUUCCCCCAUAUACUUGUAGCAAUUGGCAACCAAUGUACCAGUUUUUAAUUUGAAGCUGAUCUAAUUAUUACUGGGGGGGGAGGGGAGAGGGAAUUGGAUUUUUUUUACAUUUUCUUGAUGACUUUAAUGGAUUUCCUUUUCUGUAUGAGGUGAAAUGUAAUAUUUUUGUGCAUGAUGGUUGUUAAUGCUCUCUGGUUGCACUGAUGCCACAAUAUCUACAAAAUGUAAAACAAGGCAAAACAAACAAACCCAUUUGUGUAAUGAAAACUAAUAAAGAUAUUAAGAUCAA